CACAGCAGCAGCGUUGUUAUUUUGUACCCUGCACAAUAUAGCCUGCUGUUUAUCCUGAUCUUUAGUUUAAUUUGUUCUGGUGCUGUUGUCUUCGCAGCCUGAUUUUGUGUUCCAGUGAGGUUCUUUUCUGGCUAAAUAAAGUUAGUAUGCCUAUUCAUUAUUAUUAUUAGUUGUAUUAAUCCACAGUUUAAAUGGCUAAGUUGUUCAUGUAGAUUUAUAUUUCUUUAUUAGGCUGUAAAAACGCGCUUUGCUGUAAAUGUAUACAACUGGAUGGCUCAGUACCACAACCACACAGCACCCCUGGUGUACCGUCGUUUUCUGUGAGUAGUCUGCUCUGCACAGGCCUCGUUGCUCUGUGCGCAACAGCAACGCCGCGCCGCGGCCCCGUUCAGGAAGUGAACCUGAAGGAGACAAGCGGCUGUGGAGGUAGAAUGACAUAGAGGGGGAGAGGUGGGAGAGAAGCAAGCAGCGAAAGAAGAGACUAGCGGAGGGAGGGAUCGACCCUGUAUCUGGACCUGUAUUGAGCUGCUCUCCUCUGGGAUAUAGCUACUGCACCGCCAAAAAUGCUCAUAAAGGAGUUUCGAGUGAUUCUUCCUAUCUCUGUAGAAGAGUACCAGGUCGGCCAGCUGUACUCGGUGGCUGAAGCCAGUAAGAAUGAGACGGGUGGAGGAGAAGGAGUAGAGGUGCUAAAGAAUGAGCCUUAUGAGAAAGAUGGAGAGAAGGGACAGUACACGCACAAAAUUUACCAUUUGCAGAGUAAAGUGCCGUCAUUCGUUAGAAUGUUGGCUCCGGCUUCAGCUCUCAACAUCCAUGAGAAAGCCUGGAACGCAUACCCAUACUGUCGCACAGUUAUUACUAAUGAGUAUAUGAAAGAUAACUUCCUGAUCAAGAUUGAGACAUGGCACAAACCUGACACGGGACACCUUGAAAAUGUACACGGUUUGGAUGCAGAAACCUGGAAAAAGGUGGAUGUAGUUUAUAUUGAUAUUGCAGACAGAAGUCAAGUGGAGCUGAAGGACUACAAGCCGGAGGAGGAUCCUUGCAGGUUUAAGUCAGUGAAGACAGGACGAGGACCUCUAGGACCAGACUGGAAGAAGGAACUUCCUAAGAAGACUGACUGCCCACACAUGUGUGCCUACAAACUGGUCACUGUCAAAUUCAAGUGGUGGGGCCUGCAAAAUAAAGUGGAGAACUUCAUUCAGAAGCAAGAAAAGCGUUUGUUCACCAAUUUUCACCGUCAGCUGUUCUGCUGGAUUGACAAGUGGAUUGACUUGAACAUGGAAGACAUUCGUCGCAUGGAGGAAGAGACACGCAAGGAGCUGGAUGAGAUGAGAGUGAAGGACCCAGUGAAAGGGAUGGUGGCUCUAGAGGACUGAGGUUGUGUCAGAUUGUGAAUGCUGCUGCUCAUCAGACCAGAAUAUCCAGACACCAGCAGAUUCACAUCCUCCUCCUGUUGCAACUGACACAACACCUGACUGGCCGGUCCAACCUUCCCCUGGUACAAUCUGGUUUUCAGGGACCUUGACCUAGUAAACCUGCAGUUUUCAGCCGAUCUCCACCACCUCCCUUCAGUCCCCUCAUCUCAAUUUGUUUUACCAUCCAGUGUCCCCAUCUUAACUCUGAGGCCUCCAGUAGCAACGCUAUAGAUCUUGGCGGUCAGUCCUCUUUCUCUCUCUGUCUCUGUUUUAAACUACAGAAAAGCAUCAUUUAUUUCUGCAAUUUAGGACUUAUUUCUAUUUAAAGCAUCCCAGUGGUGUGUGUGUAUAUACAGUAUAUUGAAGAGCUGAAUAAUUGUAUUGAAAUAUUAUAUAUAUAUUUAAAAACAGGGUUUUUAAAAAUUAUUUUAUCUAAGUUUCUGUGGAUUUUUUUUCCAGACCCGGCUGUAUGUGCGGCUGCGUUUUAAUCCUAACUUUUUGAUUUUUCUUUCCAUAGCACUUUCUCCAUUCAUGUCACUUUAUGCCAUCCCUUGUUCAAAUCAAUUUGCAAGUCUACAAAGCACAGCUGCAAGGUCAGGAUUGUGCUGAGUGUUGUCUCCGCUGUACUCACGACCUAGCAGACUGGAUUGUUUUCCAGUAUCUCCCUUAAUAUUUUGAGGCAAUUAUGGAAUUCUCUGCUGCUUUGUGAGUGUGUGUGUGCAUAUAUAUGUGUUUUGUAGCAUCUGUAGGUCAUCAAGGUUUUCAGCCAUAUUUUUUUCACCAGACCAUUUCUAGCUCUUAAGUUUCAUCAGGGUGUUUAACAAAGUGCAGUAAUGGAAGUUCACUUCUGAAUAGAAAUAUACAGAGAGGGAUUCUACAAAGAAAACGUAUAUCACUCUACAAUGUAAAAUGCAUAGUAGACAACUAGAACAGCCAUACGUGUGUGCAAGACCCUUUUUCUUUUGUCUGAUAUGGUGGAAACGUUAGAAGCCCUCAUGGAUACACAACCCCUCCUGCUUGCUGUAGGCACCUAAAUUGUUCUUUGAAAGUAAAACUGCUACUGCUAUCCAUUCUCUAUUAAUUCUUGCCCCGUCACUCAUUUUGUCACCUCCAGUGGAUAAAUGGUCUUAUCCAGCGAUAGCAAUAACUACCAUGACAUGUUGGUCUCUUCUUUAUCACCACUAAUCUAUUGUACAAUUUGCUCCUAUUGUGAGAAGUUUUAGUAGGGGAGAGUGCAAGAUGAAAGUCAAGAAUAGUUUAUUAAAUGCUGCUUUUAUUGUCAGUCUUUGAAUGAGGCAGGUGUUCUCCUGCUGUGAUCUGAAGUCUUAAAUUUGUAAUAGUGUGUUUUUUGUGUAUUUGCUUGAGUGAUGUACAGUAGUGUGUUGCUGAAGAGAACUGAUGCUGGUUGGGCAAAAAAGGGAGGAAGUAAUGGCUCUAGAGCAGUGAAAACAGCAAGCACUGUCCUUCAUCCUCUGUGUGUUUAGCCUCCUCCAUCCUCAGUUGCCUUUACUCUUUUCAGUCCUAUGUUUAUUCACGUCCUCCACAUUUUAACAGCGUGGAAGCUUUAAAGAGCAAGCAACAGAUAAAGUCAAGUCUAUUGCCGUAAUGUUGACUAAAUCAUACAUUUUGAUUAUGAAAAAGUGUCACCUUCCAAACUAGUAGGUAAUUACACUAAGUGCAAGCACAGGGGUCUUAUUUGAGGUCCAUAUCUAGAGUUUUUCCUCACCUUAAAAGCAGACAUUUUGCAUUAAUUAACAAUAUGAAUACAAAUUAAUUUCAAAAAGUAUUACUUUGCCUCUUGAAUUGGCACAUUGUGUCACUGUAUUUUGAUCAGUCAUUGGCAUAAUAAUUAGUCUUUUGACUAAAAGUGAAAUGUAGAAUUUGACCUCAUACACAUAUUUGAGUGCUGUAGAUUACUGUGACUAUUAUACUAUACAGUAAUGUGGUACAGAAGCAAAUCAUAUUUUGCUGGCUGUAAACAUACUAAGACAUGAAAAUGCUAUUACUGCUGUGCAUUAUAAUAGCUUAGACUUGCUUUUAUGCCAUUUUGACAGUCUACUUUUCCAUCUUGUGACACUUUUUCCAUGGCUUUUAUCUGUAAAUAUAGGUUUAUAAACCAGCUAUUAUGAGCUUUUUUCUGUUGCCUCCUCUUUAAAGAAAACACACUGGCUCUGGAUGUCCACCCCCUCCGCCUCUCUUUGUAUCCAUCAAACAUCUCACUCACCAUCUGUGAUGGGGCGACCAACUGAAUCCUGGAGAUUUGUGGAUGUACUGUAUGUAAUGACUUUGUAAAUAAAUAGUAAAUAAAUCAGUGUAGAUGAACACACAUAUAUAGGUCAGACUGUCCUGCCAAACCUACAACACACCCUCCUGAAACUUGAUUCUAUUAUUUCAUUGCUCAGUCUUCAGCGUUGCACAGAGCUCAA